AUGUCUGAACGACCAAAAACGCCACCCCGAGCGACGCGCUCAGCGGGGAAACUCCCGGCAAACCCUCCCACCCCAGAGCAGAUUAGGCGCAUGGAAGAUGCUCGCCUGAAGGCCAAAGCCGCUGCCCAACAGGUCCAAUCGAAACCCUCGCCAGCGCCGACCGCAGGCACAAAGCGCGCAUACUCGUCCAUUACCGCCUCACAGACACCAGCAACCCUCCGAAAUGCUGCAGCGGCCUCGCCUGCAAAGCCCGACCAGAAUGGCUUCAUACAGCCACCCUCGAACGACUACAUACAACCCGCGAAGAAGUAUGCGAGGUCUGAUUUCAUCGAAUAUGAUUUCAGUAAGAUGACAGACACAAAGGGUGGUUUCCUGAGCACAGUAGAUGAUCCACACAACAAGGCCAUGCGGAAGGGGCAGGCAAAGGAAGAGCAGAAGCCGGAAGGCAUGACAAUGGCUGAGUGGGAGCGAGAACGUAUAAGGCGCAAGCUACGUGCCAACAGGGCUGGACCCUUUGAGCCGGGAAUCUCCAUUCUCAAUACUGUCAACGGUAAAGAAGAGGAAGACGAAGAAGCCGCACUUUUAGAAGCCGCUGAGAACGUCGAGAUCGAGCUCGGCACCUUCAAGGGCAAAUACGGCGACGGCAAGCGUGACGUUAAAGGCAAAUGCCGCGAAUGCACCAGUCUAGAGAUCGACUGGAAAUGGCAAGACGUGUUCGGCAUUGGCGUCUGCAACAUCUGCAAAGAAAAGCUCCCAGACAAAUACUCACUCCUCACAAAGACCGAGGCGAGAGACGACUACCUGCUCACCGACCCUGAACUAAAAGAUGAAGAGCUUCUCCCCCAUCUCGAGCGGCCCAACCCACACAAACAAUUCUUCCACCCCAUGCAGCUCUUCCUCCGUCUCCAAGUCGAAGCCUACGCCUUCAGCGACGCGAAGUGGGGCUCCGCCGAAGCUCUCGAUGAAGAGUAUGCGAAAAGGCAGGUCGUCAGCAAAGAGCGCAAACAGAAGAAGUUCAAGAAUAAACUAGAGGACUUGAAGAAGAGGACACGAGUCGAGGCGUAUAGACGAGCGAGGCUGGCUGGCGACGGCGGCGCAGGCGCAGAGUUUGGACAGAAGAUUAAGGGGAGGUACGAUAGACAUGAGCAUGAGUGGGGGAGAAGCGUGUUGGAUCCUGAGACGGGUAUGACCAAGAAAAGAUGUGAGGAGUGUGGGAUGGAGGUUGAGGAGCUGGAGUUUUAG